CCCCCCCCCCCCCCCCCCCCCCUUUUUACAGUAAAUGUUGCUAAACCUCGGACCCCGCAUUCGCUAUAUCCGAUCUCCCCCCUGGACACUAUAUCCUGGACAUUCACUAUAUCCGCUCUCCCCGGACCCCGCAUUCACUGUAUCCGGUCUGCCCGAACCCCGCAUUCACUGUAUCCGGUCUGCCCGAACCCCGCAUUCACUAUAUCCGGUCUGCCCGAACCCCGCAUUCACUAUAUCUGGUCUGCCCGGACCCCGCAUUCACUAUAUCCGCUCUCCCCGGACCCCGCAUUCACUAUAUCCGCUCUCCCCGGACCCCGCAUUCACUAUAUCCGCUCUCCCCGGACCCUGCAUUCACUAUAUCCGGUCUCCCCGGACCCUGCAUUCACUAAAUUCCCGGUCUCCCCGGACCCUGCAUUCACUAUAUCUGGUCUCCCCAGACCCUGCAUUCACUAUAUCUGGUCUCCCCAGACCCUGCAUUCACUAUAUCUGGUCUCCCCAGACCCUGCAUUCACUAUAUCUGGUCUCCCUGGACCCUGCAUUCACUAUAUCUGGUCUCCCCGGACCCUGCAUUCACUAUAUCUGGUCUCCCCGGACCCUGCAUUCACUAUAUCCGGUCUCCCCGAACCCUGCAUUCACUAUAUCCGGUCUCCCCGGACCCUGCAUUCACUAUAUCCGGUCUCCCCGGACCCUGCAUUCACUAUAUCUGGUCUUCCCAGACCCUGCAUUCACUAUAUCUGGUCUCCCCGGACCCUGCAUUCACUAUAUCUGGUCUCCCCGGACCCUGCAUUCACUAUAUCUGGUCUCCCCGGACCCUGCAUUCACUAUAUCCGGUCUCCCCGGACCCUGCAUUCACUAUAUCCGGUCUCCCACAGACCCUGCAUUCACUAAAUCUGGUCUCCCAGGACCCUGCAUUCACUAAAUC